UUACCAUCUCAAGACUCUAAGCUUUGUUCCCUCACGUUCGAUAGUCUGGGAAUUAUAUUUACACAUAUAUACACUUAACACUGGUAACUUUCCUUUACUUCGUUGUUACUAUAUUAUAAGUCGAUACUACUAAAGACAAUGGCUUUAACAUCAAAACCAGACUCCAGUGUGAACUCUAUUGCUGCUGGUUCGUUUCUAAAACGUUACAGUUCGUAACACAGUUUUAUAGAACUAGUUAGACCACAUCUGGAGUGUUUCAUACAGUUCUGGUCGCCCCCAUUCUCGGAAGGAUGUCGGGGCUUUGGAGAGGGCGCUGAAGAGGUUUACCAGGACCCUGCCUGGAUUAGAGGGCAGGAGCUAUAACGAGAGGUUGGACAAACUUGUGUUGUUUUCUCCAGAGCGGUGCAGGCUGGGGUGAGAGUGGAUGGACGUUUAUAAAAUUACGAGAGGAAUAGAUAGAGUGGACAGACGAUAUAUUUUUCCUGGGGUUUGAAAUGUCUAAUACAUUUAAGGUGAGAGGUGAUGUGAGCGGCAAGUUUGCUUCUUUCCACAGACGAAUGAGUAGCUGGAUGGGAGCCUGGGUGGGGGCGGUGUCACCAAUCCUGACACGUGAUUCCGUUUGCCCCUCCCAUUUAACCGCAGGUGGGCAGCAUCUGCGCGUCUGUUUCCGAGGCCCCGCCUCCCGAUGAUGUAACAAUCUCUUCGCGCAUGUUCACAGUCUCCGGGUGGACGGUGUUAUCCUCUCCGCUCAGAGCUGAAGUGGGUCGGCUGUGUGUUCGGGAAAGACUUUCGUCUCCCGUCGGGAUCACUGUCUGCGGGCCGAAGAUAUCACUUUCCCAUCGUAGUAUGUAUCAUUCAUUCAGUAGCUCUGGUGUGUUCUGACGUCUCCGGACCGGCUUUUUCGUGUUUACAACAGCAGGAUUAGACCCUUAGACCUGCGGUGCGAGGUUUAUUGGAAGAAAAACCGCAACUGGAAGCAAACCACGACUGAAGAUGAGGGAACAGCAACAAGUGAACCAGCCCGAGGACUGAGAGCAUCAACUGGAGAGAACCCAUCUGACUCAGUGAUUCAGUCAGGAGAAAGUUUGUUAGACCUGUGGUGAGAGAUUUAUUGGAAGAAAAACCGCAACUGGAAGCAAACCACGACUGAAGACGAGGGAACAGCAACAAGUGAACCAGCCCGAAGACUGAGAGCAUCAACUGUAGAGAACCCAUCUGACUUGGAGAUUCCAGUGAUUCAGUCAGGAGAAAGUUUGGUUAAAACUGAGAAGGAAUUCGUCUCCAGGAAGCUCAAACACGGCACACCUGUUUUGUUGUCUCUGUCUAGAUAUUUAAAAAGUGGAGCAAGGGAUCCAAUUGACCAUCCUUCCUGCUCAGACUGUGGGGAGGGAUUCACUCGGUCAUUUGACCAACUGUCACACCUGUAAUUUACACAGGAGAAAGGCCUUUCACCUGCUCAGACAGUGGGAAUGGAUUCACUCGGUUAUCACAAUUGAAGUUAGAUCAGCAGGUUCACACACUGGACAAGGCCAUUCACCUGUUCUGUGUGUGAGAAGGGGUUCAGUCGGUCUUCCCACCUGUGAACACACCAAUCAGUUCACACCACACCGGGCAGAGGCUGGUCAUCUGCUGAAUUUCUGGGAAAGGAUUCACUCGGUCAUCUGACCUAAUGGCUCACCAGCGGGUUCACACUGGGGAGAAGCCAUUCACCUGCUCAGUCUGUGGGAAAGGAUUCACUCAGUCAUCUACCCUACUGGUACAUCAGCGAGUUCACUCUGGGGAGAAGCCUUUCACCUGCUCAGUCUGUAGAAAGGGAUUCACUCAGUCAUCCAACCUACAGAGACAUCAGCGAGUUCAUACUGGGGAGAAGCCAUUCACCUGCUCAGUCUGUGGGAAGGGAUUCACUCAGUCAUUUGACCUAAUGGCUCACCAGUGGGUUCACACUGAGGAGAAGCCAUUCCCCUGCUCAGUCUGUGGGAAAGGAUUCACUCAGUCAUCCAACCUACAGAGACAUCAGCGAGUUCACACUGGGAAGAAGCCAUUCACCUGCUCAGUCUGUGGAAAGGGAUUCACUGCAUCAUCCAACCUACAGAGACAUCAGCGAGUUCACACCGGGGAGAAGCUGUUCACCUGCUCAGUCUGUGGAAAGGGAUUCACUCAGUCAUCCAACCUACAGAGACAUCAGCGAGUUCACACUGGGGAGAGGCCAUUCACCUGCUCAGUCUGUGGGAAGAGCUUCACUCAUUUAUCCAACCUAUGGAAUCAUCAGCGAGUUCACACUGGGGAGAGGCCGUUCACCUGCUCAGUCUGUGGGCAGACAUUCACUAAUUUAUUCAGCCUACAGAGACAUCAGCGAGUUCACACUGGGGAGAGGCCGUUCACCUGCUCAGUCUGUGGGCAGACAUUCACUAAUUUAUUCAGCCUACAGAGACACCAGCGAGUUAGCACUGGGGAGAGGCCGUUCACCUGCUCAGUCUGUGGGAAAGGAUUCACUGAGUCAUCUACCCUCCUGGUACAUCAGCAAAUUCACACUGGGGAGAAGCCGUUCACCUGCUCAGUCUGUGGGAAGAGAUUCACUCAGUCAUCUAACCUCCUGGUACAUCAGCAAAUUCACACUGGGGAGAAGCCGUUCACCUGCUCAGUCUGUGGGAAAGGAUUCACUCAGUCAUCUACCCUACUGGUACAUCAGCGAGUUCACACUGGGGAGAAGCCGUUCACCUGCUCAGUCUGUGGGAAAGGAUUCACUCUGUCAUCUACCCUACUGGUACAUCAGCGAGUUCACACUGGGGAGAAGCCGUACACCUGCUCAGUCUGUGGGAAGGGAUUCACUCGGUCAUUCACCCUAAAGAGUCAUCAGCGAAUUCACACUGCGGAGAAGCAGUUCACCUGCUCAGUCUGUGGGAAGGGAUUCACUCAGUCAUCUACCCUACUGGCACACCAGCGAGUUCACACUGGGGAGAGGCCAUUCACCUGCUGAGAAUGUGGGAAAUGAUUCACUCAGUCAUCCCACCUACUGGCACACCUGUCAGCUCAGAAUGGGGAGUGGCCAUUGUUAUGAAUCCCUAGGUUUUGUUUGCUGUGGAGAGAGAGAGAGAUUAAGAAGGCAAAUGUGUCUGACUCGCAGCUUGCUUAAAUUGCGUGCAGCUUGUUUAGUUUUAACCGAGGACACAGACACUCAGAGUCAGACUGAGACGAAGGAGGAAAAAUGGAAGAAUCAAAACCAGGGAACUAGUGGCCAACGGCCACUGUUUGGAAUUUUCCUUUGCCCACAAGUGUGUGCUAAUUCACCAUACUCAAAUGUGUGGUUGUCACCUCAUUUGAUCCUUAGGAGUGGAUCUGAUUUGGUUUAUCCUGCAGAGACCACUUAUGUGUUAACCCUUGCCUGGCUGUGGUGUGGUAAUUCAUUUGAAGACGAUACCCCUCAUGAUAAGUCACUUCGGGUGAUAAUUAGUUUGUGGAUUUAGAAGGAUGACAGAUAAAAUCUACAGCGACUGUUGGUCUCAUUUUACCACCAUGGAACCUGUGGAAUACGACAUAAUUGCCUUCUCUCAACAUUUACCCUGGAUUACAAAUAUCUCUCUCGUCACCUAUUCUGCGGUUGAACUGAACUUUCAUACUUUACCAUCUCAAGACUCCAACCCUUGUCUCCCCCGAGCUCAAUAGUUUGCGAGUUAUAUUUAUACACAUAACACUCACGAGGAAAUUGCAGAUGCUGGAAAUUCAAACAACACACACAAAAUGCUGGUGGAAAACAGCAGGCCAGGCAGUAUCUAUAAGGAGAAGAACUGUCAAUGUUUCAGGCUGAGACCCUUCGUCAGGACUAACUGAAAGGAAAGAUACUUAGAAAUUUGAAAGUGGUGGGGGGAGGGUGAAAUGCAAAAUGAUAGGAGAAGACCGAAGGUGGUGGGAUGAAGCUAAGAGCUGGAAAGGUGAUUGGCGAAAGUGAUACAGAGCUGGAGAUGGGAACGAAUCAUCGGACAGGAGGCCUCGGGAGAAAGAAAGGUUGGGGGGAAGCACCAGAGAGACAUGGAAAACAGGCAAACAAUUAAAUAUGUCAGUGAUGGGGUAAGAAGGGGAAGAGGGGCAUUAAUCGAAGUUAGAGGUCAAUGUUCAUGCCAUCAGGUUGGAGGCUACCCAGCCGGUAUAUAAAGUGUUGUUCCUCCAACCUGAGUUUGGAUUAAUUUUGACAGUAAAGGAGGCCAUGGAUAGACAUAUCAGAAUGGGAAUGGGACAUGGAAUUAAAAUGUAUGGCCACUGGGAGUAGUCUGUUGCUGCUGGUUCAUUUCUAAAGAGUUAUGGUUUGUAACAAAAUGGGGCCUGCACCUGGGAUAUGAACAAAUUUAAGGAUUGAUUUAAUAUGGAUUUCAUUGGGGAAAUCCCUUUUGAUUAAUUUGUGUGUGGAAAACCAGCAGCAAUGGAUGUUGAUAGAUAUCUGGAAGUGUGAACCUCUCAGGCAUUAGAGGACACCAGAAGGAUUGAGUUGUUGAGUAUUGCUAGAACGUUAAUACUUGCUGAGGUGAAAUUGACAAUGAGGAGGGCAGUGAUGCAGAGGAUAACAGCUGAACAUUAUGUAUCUGAGGGUGUGUUUAAAGUGGAGGAGUUGGAGGUGUUUCCUGAAAGUAAACAUCGUGGGCUUGAGCUCCAGUAGAAGUUAGAAAAAUUGAAGAUGGAGGCUCCGGAAAGGCAGAGGCAGUUACAGGCUGGAAAGGCAAAAAAACAGACAGAAAAUUCUCUUACAAAGUGUAAUUAAAGGGAAGGCUUAGCAAGCCUAUUCUGCUUUGACAGUAGCUGAAGCAGCUUAUUAUUUACUUACUUAUGCUGCCCCAAUCAUCGCCACUGGGCUAUAAAUGUGCAGGAGCUGUGUGUGGUUCAGUGUUUUGCUCAAGGACACACAAGCUGCCUCGGCUGAGGCUUGAACUCAUGACCUUCAGAUCGCUAGUUCACCACCUUAACCACAUGGUCACGCAUUAUGACCACAUAUUAUGACAUAGUGAAAAACAGGCUGUGCUCAAAGCUUACGGGUUGGUCCCAGAAGCAGACAGGCAAAAGUUUAGAAAUUUGAAGAAAUCUAUGAACCAGACAUACAGAAUUUGCUUAUGAGAAAUUUGUGUGUUUUGACUGCUGGUGCACAUCUGAACAUGUAAAUGAGGAUUUUAACAGCUUGAGAGAGUUGGUUUUAAUUGAAGAAUUCAGAAGGUGCGUCCCUGAUGACAUAAAGACGUACUUCGAUGGAAAUGAUGAAACAUUUUCAUAUGAGUUGAAUUGUCUUUUCCUAAACCUUACUUACAUUAUCUUUAAUUAUUUGGAUGGAGGUUCGGAGUUACUGGCACUACUGUAUACGUACUUAACAUUAUUGAUGGCCCAUGUUGGUUAGUGUUUUUUUUAAUCUUUUUUUCUUUUUAUUUCUUUGUUCAUCAAUGUUAUGAGUUUGGGAGGUUAUC